AAACGAAAGUGAUUUUGAGGUGACUUUCGAGACAAGGACAAGACAAAUCAAACAAACAUAAAGACAAUUUGAAAGCUUAUCUUGAAAUGGCAAGUAUGGCAGACAGUAAAUUUUGUGCUGGUUGUCAGCGUUAUAACGAAAACAUAAAUGCAGUAUAUUGGUGCAGUGACUGCACUGAACCUGUAUGUAAACCGUGUGGAAGAGUUCAUGAAAGGAUGUAUCCUCCUCACAAUGUAUUACCAAUGACUGAUAUAAAACAACUGAGUUCAUCGCUUCUUACCUUGUCCAAAAAUUGCAAUAAUCAUCCCGAUCAAAAGAUUGUACUGUAUUGCUUCCAACAUGACAAAGUAAUCUGCGGUUUGUGUGUACCUGUAUCACAUCAAAAUUGCAAGCACAUCUUGUCAAUUGAAACUGCUGCUAAGGGAGUUAAAGAUGGCACCGCCAUUUCUGACCUAGAGAGAAGGAUGGACAACUUCAGUCAAGUAACAGAGAACAUACUGACUAAGAGUAAAACAGCACUUGAAGGUUUAGAAAAAAGUCGAUAUAAUAUCAAGAAAAGAGUGUCGCAAAUAAAACAGAGAGCUAUUGCUCAUUUAGAUAAGUUAGAAGCAGAUAUACAUAAAGACAUUGAAAAGAAGUAUAGACAUUGUAACGACACGGUGUCCCGAUCUACAAAAAGCAUCCAAUCAAGCUCUGACUCACUGUUUGUAUGGAAAAGUGAUCUUAAAUCACUGAAGCGAUACACAAAUGAAAUCCAUUUGUUCCUAGCAAUAAAAUUUCUGGAUGAAAAAACCUACAAAAAAGAAAUGGAAAUAAGAGACACUCAAAUAACAACUUUCCCUGUAUUAACAUAUCAUUCUUCAGAAUCAGAGUCAAAAAUAAAGAAAUUACUUCCAGAUUUUGGUACAGUAACAGUAGAUAAUGUUCCCGUUCAAAUGCCAGAAUUAAAUAUCUACCAACAAAGUCAGUUUUUGGCCAGAAACAAGAGAAGUCUCUCUUUGACAACCUCAUUCCAAACAACGAAAUUAGGAAACGGAGUGAGCGUUUUUACUGGUUGUUUUAUUCCUGGUGAGAGAUUACUCCUUGGUCAGAACGGAUGUAACAAACUAUAUGUUUGCCAACUUGAUGGAUCCAAAUCCAGAGUAAUUGAUAUAGAUUAUAACCCACUGUGCGUUACUAUGUAUGACAACAGUCACGUUGUAGUAUCUGAAGGUUUGGGAGGUAUCCAGAUAAUCAACCUUACAUCAUUUAAGCCUGGUAGAAAAAUCAAAGUUGAAGGAUUUUGUAGAGGAAUCACCCGUCUAAAGGAUAAGAUAUGGAUAAGAAAUCAGCUCAAUACCCUUACCAUAGUGGAUUUCAAUGGUAAAGUUCUGAACACAAUACAAACAUCGUUUGAUCCUAGUAACAUCUUUGCCAGCCAAGAUGGUGAUGUCUAUUGUACAGACAAUACUAAUGGCAAAGUAUUCAUCGUUACAAAGGAUGGAAAAGAACGUGAGAUAUACAACAGUCCUGACUUGGACGGUGCUGUGGGUAUAUCGAUAGACGAUCGUGGUGAUGUGUAUGUAGCUGGAAAAGGAUCAAACAACAUACAUAGAAUAUAUCAUGAUGGACAGACAAGUGAUAUCGUUUUGACAGCAGACGAUGGUAUUGAUAGACCGACCCGUUUAUCGUACAACUAUGAAACAAGACAACUGUUAGUGGUGAACAACGAUUGUAAACAUAUCAAUGUUUAUAAAACUGAAUGAAUUCUGAUCAUGGAACCCUGACUGAGAAGCCUAGAAGAAGAAAGUAUUAAACAUUAAUGGUAAAUUUUAAAAUAAAUCAAACUAAAAUGUUUUUGAGGUAAUUUAGGAUCAUUUUGAUGUAAAAUUGUAAGUUAUUAAUGGUGAU